GGUGCUGCACCGCCAGUCGCUAUCCUUCAUCUCUGGUCCUUCAGGUGAAGGGGGAGAAGCCCCGCAGGUGCUGCACCGCUUCCUCACACCGUUGGUUCCUCAGGUGAAGGGGGAGAAGCCCCGCAGGUACUGCACCGCCGGCCACUUUUCACCCACAUACACACGACCUAUCGUCUGAAGAAGGGUCCCGACCUGAAACAUCACCCAUUUCUUCUCUCCAAAUGCUGCCCGUCUCACUGAGUUACUCCCGCAUUUUGUGCCCAACCUCGGUGUAAACCAGCAUCUGCUGUUUCUUCCUACACAUUUUGUCGGCUCCUCAAGGUAUACCUACUUUGAAGAAAAUUUCCUCCUCUGACGAGAGUUCUGCAACAUCCUCUCUGGCUGCUCCACAUCUGUGUUGAUCUGUCGUUUUUACAACCUACCCUUCCAUAUCUCUAGUCUCCCUUUUUCCUGACUCUCAAUCUGAAAAAGGGUCUUGACUCGAAACGUCACCGAUUCCUUCUCCAGAGAGGCUGCCUGACCUGCUGAUUUCCUCCAACAUUUUGUGUUUAUCUUCGGUGUAAAUCAGCAUCUGCAGUUCCUUCCUACACGACCAUUCCGGCCGCCUUACUCAGCUCCAAGCUGCUUUCGCGCGGCGCAGGACAUAGAGCAUCCAUGAACGGGGAACAAUUACCCACCCGAUCGUGGCAACGAAAAUGCCUCGUUGAGUUGUUCCAGCCUGGUCACGUUGUGAAGAUUUGUGCUCCCAUGGUACGAUAUUCGAAGCUGGCAUUUCGUUCUCUCGUCAGAAGGUACGACUGUGACCUGUGUUUUACACCAAUGAUCAUUGCUUCUGCCUUCUUGAAGUCUGGCAAGGCGAGGGACAGCGAAUUCACAACAAAUUUUGGUGAUCGUCCACUGGUUGUGCAGUUUGCUGCAAAUUGUUCACAAGAUUUGGCUGAUGCUGCUCGCAUAGUUUCCCCAUUUGUAGAUGGUGUAGACUUGAACUGUGGUUGUCCACAAAGGUGGGCAAUAGCAGAAGGAUAUGGUGCCUGCUUAAUUAACAAACCAGAACUGGUUCAGGAUAUGGUGCGUCUUGUUAAAAAUCAAGUGGAAUGUCCUCAGUUUUCGGUCUCCAUUAAGAUAAGAUUACACAAAGAUCUAACGAGAACUGUAGAUCUGUGCCGAAAGGUUGAGGCAGCUGGAAUUUCUUGGAUUACUGUUCAUGGCAGGGAAACGGAAGAACGACAUCAACAGAUCCACUAUGAUGCAAUCAAGAUUAUUAAAGAAAAUUUAACUAUACCUGUAGUAGCAAAUGGAGAUGUCCGGAGCAGUAAAGAUGUGGAUCUUGUACAUCAGCUUACGGGGAUUGAUGGUGUAAUGGCUGCACGGGGUCUUUUGGCAAACCCUGCUAUGUUUUCAGGAUAUGAGGAAACCCCUUGGCAAUGUGUUCAGGACUGGAUUGAUAUUGCUUUGGAGCACGGAACCACAUUCACUUGUUUUCAUCACCAUUUGAUGUACAUGUUGGAAAGAAUAACUUCAAGGCAAGAGAAGAAAAUCUUCAAUGUGCUUUCAAGUACAUCAGCUGUUUUAGACUACCUUGGUGAGAAUUAUGGUUUAUGACCAUGUAAAUAUUAAUUUUUAAUAAAUUUGACAAAAGGCGGAUUUUAAGAAGAAAUUGAAGGAUAUACGUGAAAUUCCGGACUUGGCUUUUGACCCUAUGGAAAAUUCUGGCAUAUAUCACUGUCCCAAAACAUGGAAUUACAAGUCCUUGGAACGCGAAAUACCAUGAAUCCCUGGAUAUGGAGGGACAUGGAUUAUGUGCAGGCAGAUGAGAGUUGGUCUUGACAUCAUUGUUUGACAUAAACAUUGUGGGCUGAAGAGUCUGUUUCUGUGCAGUACUGUUCUAUGCUACUUGAAUAUAAGUAGUCUGCUAUUUCAAUGGUUUUCAGUUCAACAUUCUUGCAUGGAGUUGAGGACUUUAUCCUUUCAUGUAAUUUUUUUCUGCCAAAUGUUAAACUUUUCUUUGAUGAUACGUACAGUGAUGAAUAUGGUGUUAUUUCAUUUCGUGAAAUGUAUUGUCUAAUGUUUCCUACAAAUAGAUUUAAUAUUUCAGUGAGACAAAGUUCAAUGUAAAUCAUCAACAUAUUGCACAAAUAUUCAGUUAUUUUUAAAUAAAAUACAUUUUGUAUUCAAAACAUAAAGUGCUAGAGUAACUCCAGGGCAUCAAGCAGCAAGAUGGUGUACAUUGCAGCCACUGAGUGCUGUAAGUGGAGUAAAUUAAUGUUUAUGGUGUGUGUCACUGUUGAAACCAUGGAUAUUCUAAGAUAAUUUUUUUUAUUUCUUUCUGUCCAUUACAUGAUCAUUUGCCCCUGUGUAGCUCUCCAUAUGGUAGCUGUUUUGAUAUUCUAUUCACAAAUAUACUUCUAACUU